AGAAUAUAUAAAAUCACAGAGAGCGCCACGUGCAAAUUAAUGAAAACACGUCAUCGUUGCAUUUAACAGUAAUACACACAUACACACAUUCAAAGCAGGAAAGAGGAAUUGAAUUUUUCCUCGUACGCGAGUUUCAAAUGUCAACGUCUGUGUGAAAAUUCUUUCCUUCGCGCGGAUUCAAACAUUUUUCAUCGACAAAAUGUACUUGAAAAAUGAAACGUUCGUUGAAGUGUUAUGGAGAUCGUUCUAACCUAGCUUUUCUUCAAUCGAAUGGACAAUAGAUCGUACUGCAGGGAGAUUAAAAGUUGUUGACAUUUCUCUUGGCAAUCUGGUAGAUUUCACCAAAAAAUGCAGAUACGAAUGCGUUCUUAAGACGAGGAAUCCAACUGGAUCAAAAGUUAUAUAAAAGUGAGCAUUUUCAACGUACUUUUUAGCAUAACGUAAAGCAUGAUGUCCAACGGUAUUUGGGUCUCUACUGAAGAAGUCGGAAGGAAACCAAUGUCAAACAACAAAAAUUGUCCGCCAGUAACAUCCUCGACGUUGAACUCUCCACUUAUGAAGUUGUCUUCAUAUUUCCUAGCUGUACGACCCUGGUCACUGAGCGCUUCGUUAAUGCCAACACUUCUUGGAUCUGCGUUAGCAUACCGGCUAACAAGUACAGCAAGUUUCAGUUGGAUAUCCUUGAUCUUAACAGUGUAUACAGUUUUUUGUGUACACGGAGCUGGUAACGUAGUGAACACUUACUUUGAUUAUAUAAAAGGAGUCGACAGCCGAAAAAGUGACGACAGGAUAUUGGUAGAUCAACUUUUGUCAAAAGAUGAACUAGUUUCGCUAGGUGCGUUGUUAUAUACAGCGGGAUGUUUGGGCUUCGUUUUAUUAACCACUAUUUCUCCUGCGAAAAUGGAACAUCUCGCGCUUGUGUAUUUUGGUGGUCUAUCCUCGUCGUUUCUUUACACAGGAGGAAUAGGGUUUAAAUACAUUGCGCUGGGCGACGUUCUUAUCCUAGUUAUAUUUGGUCCGAUUUCAGUUUUGUUUGCGUUCAUGGCUCAAACCGGUUACAUUGAACUAGGCACGAUAUACUAUGCUAUACCUCUUGCGUUAAACACAGAGGCUAUUCUGCAUAGUAACAAUACCCGAGAUCUAGAAAGUGACAAGAAGGCAGGUAUAGUGACGUUAGCUAUUUUAAUUGGUCAUACCGUGUCUCAUGUUUUGUACGCUUUUUUACUGUUCACACCAUACGUAACACUGGUGGUACUUGCAUUAAGGUACUCUAUAUGGUUUCUGUUGCCAGUUACUACUCUACCAACUGCCUUCAAAAUAGAGAAACAAUUCAGAAGCCCCCAUAUGAUCCAGAGUGUGCCUAAGCAAACAGCUAAAUUGAACAUGUUUCUAGGCAUUUUAUACGUUAUUGCUUGUUUGCUUGUGGAUCCUCUUCCCUAUUUGUAACAUACAUGCCGCCUUGCAUCAUUAUUCAGAAAGGAACUUGAAUGUCCAAGCAAUUAUAUGGGCAGCUGUUAGCCUACAUACAUGUAAUCCUAAAAUAAGUUAUAAACGUUCUUUUCAUGACAUUUAGGUUGAUUUUAAAUUAUUGAUUACACGAUACAUCACGAAACGCAUUUCUUAAUGUGUCGUCACGUUACUAAUAUUAUUUAUAUUACAAGGGGGGGACAUUUUAGAUAACAUUUCUAACAAUGCAACGGUCUUGGAUACGGUGUGAAGCAGAAUUACAUCAUUCAGAAAUUUCCAUUUCUAUUCAUAAUUUCUCCAACGUGUGCAACUGGGUGUAUCUUUGCACUUUGCACUACGUGCGAAAGACAGAAUCACGAUAACAAACUACAUAAUUAGUUAAAUAUGUUCAUAAUAACUUAUCGCAAAUAAUUUAUCUUUUUACCGUUUAGAAGUUAAGUAGUAUUAUUUAUAAAACGAACCAUAUGCAUAUCUUUUGUAAUCUCGGGAACAUAAAGAUCCCGAGAAUAGAGAACAUAGAAUACUAAUGGAAUAUUAUUUCGUCGUUUGGUACUGGUACACGGAUUUACGAUGCAGCAUGUUGUAAAUUAUAUCGACGUGACUUUGCUUACGAUCAUUUUUUCGUAAUCCUUUUUUUUUUUUUUUUUUUUUUUUUUUUUUUUGAUGCAGGAUCGAAUUGUACACUUUCCGCGAGAAGCAAAAUAAUAAAAUUAAAACUUCAAUUUCUGUUGUUUGUCGAAGGUAAAGCAAUACACUAUACAUUUAAUUUCGCCGACAGCGAAAGGUAUAAAUUUACAACCGAUCGAACCAUUACGAUACGUUAGGAUCGAUUCUAUUAUAUAUAUGUGUAAAUUAAUUACAACUAUAUUUAACAAAUGAAUUUAUGACAGACGUCGUUCGUUUUGUUUACAUAUUUAUGUAGACAAUUGCAGUCUCGAUGAAAACGAGAUACAUUGUUAUACAAUACAAGUACUAAAAAAAGAAAAAAAAAAAUAAGUUUUUACGACAAUACUUUAAUAAAUCAUUGUUUAUCGAUUAA